AUGGCAAGUGAAAAUAACAAUUAUAAUGCAUCUAACAAAGGAGUUUUCUCACAUUUAGCUCAUGGGUCAGCUCCAGGUGCUCAUGGUCCUCCACCACCGGGAGCAUAUCCUCCACCUGGACACGGCUACCCUCCACAUCAAGGGGGUUAUCCUCCGGCUGGUUAUCCUCCAGCCGGUGGUUAUCCUUCGACUGGUUAUCCUCCAGCCGGUGGUUAUCCUUCGACUGGUUAUCCUCCAGCCGGCGGUUAUCCUCCAGCAGGUGGUUAUCCUCCCGCCAGCGGUUAUCCUCCCGCAGGUGGUUAUCCUACCGCCGGCGGUUAUCCUCCAGCCGGCGGUUAUCCUCCAGCCGGUGGUUAUCCUGGUUAUCCACCUACUGGUUAUCCUAGUUCACAUGCUCCACCACAUGCCCCAGGGUCUUCUGGGCAUGCCGGGAAUAGUGGUGCAAGUAUGGGUGCAAUUGGUGCAAUGGGUGGAAUAGGCGGAUUGAUUGCUGGUGCCGCCGCUUCUUGUGCUAAUCGUGUUUCCCAUGGCCGUUAUGGACGUGGAGGAUAUGGUCAGACGGGCCAAGGAAAAUUCAAGCGUGGAAAAUACGGCAAGGGCGGAAAAUUUAAAGGGGGCAAGGGUGGGAAAUUUAAAGGGAGGAGGAAUUUUGCCGAGGGUGAGGGUGAGGGUGAAGAAGAGGAAGAAGAGGAAGAGGAAGAGGAAGAGGAUGACGAGUAA